GUAGCUCUUAUCAAUAUUGGAAAACUUUUCAAACUUUAGAAAUGUUGAUGAGAAAGUCAAUUUAUGGAAUCUGCAACCAAAAUUCGACCUUAGAUGAGAUAAAGGAAGUGUCCCUUUAAUUACAAUAUUAGCCUAUAGGGAUUACGCCUAAGUGAUUUGCAGAGAUAGUUCUAAGUGAGACCAUCAGAACCAGAUGUGAGAUUUUGUUCAAGUAGAUUAUCGCCAAAUAUCAAUUCAAUAUGGAGUACUAUAUCUUCACUGAGAAAUGACUGCACUGUUGAAUAUGGCCAGUGCAUGUAUUUCGCGAAUUUACAGAAAAAUUGCUCAAAACAUAAGGUCUUCAUGUAUUUGUGACACAAGUUGUGAUAAAGGGGGAUAUAUGAAGAAAAAGAUGGGUUACCGUGGAAACUCAAUGAUGUUGUUGCUAUGGAUACUGCUGGUCGGUAUAACAGUUGCAUCAGAACUUAGCCCAAAUAUGCCUAAUGUUUGUCGAAGAUUUGAAUCAUUCCCAAUAACUCAAGCUGUAGCCUAUGUGCAGCCUUAUGAAAUACGAACAACUGAAUGGUGUUGGGCUAUUAACCCAAGGUGUACAAAAAUCAUAACGAAGUACCGUAUGGCGUACAGACAAGAACUGAAGAAUGAAUAUCGGACAGUGUAUGAGUGUUGUCAAGGUUACGCCAAGAGUGGGCAUCAGUGUGUGCCUAUAUGUGGUAACCAAUGUGUACAUGGGCAAUGUAUAGCACCAAAUACAUGUCAUUGUGAGACUGGAUGGGAGGGGGCAACAUGCUCAGCACAGUGUCCACAGAACAAGUGGGGGCCUAACUGUAAGAAUCAGUGUUACUGUGAGAACGGAGCCAAAUGUGACAUAUUCAAGGGGUCUUGUCAAUGUUUGCCAGGUUGGACGGGGGAGUACUGUAAUAUCCCGUGUUCUCAGGGUUACUUUGGCUACCAUUGUACCUCGCUGUGUAUGUGCCAGAAUGGAGCAACAUGUGAUGCAAGCAGUGGGCAAUGUUACUGUGAUAGAACAUGGACUGGGCCUUUGUGCACAGAGAGAUGCCCCGAUGAUAACCCAGAUUGUGGGAGACAGCGAUGUAUCUGUCAGAAUGGAGGAGAAUGUAACGAAAGAGGCUUCUGCAUCUGUAAACCUGGGUGGCAGGGUAUUGCAUGUGCCGUUAGGUGUCCCCAGGGUCUGUAUGGUCCAGAGUGUCGAGAGACUUGCAGCUGUUACAAUGGCGCCACCUGUGACCCAGAGUAUGGAAAAUGUUCCUGUCCCGAUGGCUACAUUGGAGACAGAUGUGAAGAGGAGUGUACGCCUAAUAGAUACGGGAAAAACUGUACGGAAGUCUGCCAGUGUGUUAAUGACGCCAUAUGUGGUCACACAGAUGGCAGGUGUGCAUGUGCACAGGGCUACACGGGCCACCAUUGUGAAAUAAGUGUUUGUCCACAAUUUCACUUUAGUCUACCAGAGUGCAGCGAGACUUGUAAUUGUCACCGAGAGUACUCAAAGGCAUGUCACCCAGCCACUGGGGAGUGCAUCUGCCAGCCUGGGUGGUCAGGACCCCAGUGUACCGACCCAUGUCCUGCUCCUUUCUAUGGUGACCAAUGUGGCUUACAGUGCCCCUGUACUAAUGGGGCGUAUUGCGACCCCAUUGAUGGAACAUGUAUAUGUGCUCCUGGAUAUACAGGUCUAUAUUGCGAACGGGCCUGUAGCAAUGACACAUAUGGAUUAAAUUGUGCUGAAAGAUGUCAGUGUUUACAUGACAGCGACUGUAACCAUGAGAACGGUGUAUGCAGCUGUGCUCCAGGCUGGAGAGGUAUGAUUUGCGAUCAGCCCUGUCCACAUCUUACAUAUGGUCUUAACUGUUCCCGGGAAUGUGCUUGUGUACAUGGUAGCUGCGACAACAUAGAUGGCACUUGUGUUUGUUCCCCUGGUUACCAAGGCGACCAUUGUGAUGUAGAAUGUGAUCUUGGGAAAUUCGGACUUGACUGCAAACAGGUGUGUGACUGUGAUUGGGACAAUGCAGAGACAUGUGAUCAUGUGACAGGGGCAUGUUUAUGCAAAUCAAGAUGGGCUGGUUUGAGGUGUGAUAGCCUGUGCCCAGUAGACAAGUGGGGGGAAAGAUGUGACAAAGAUUGUGACUGUAAAAAUGAAGGCUCGUGUAAGGCCCAUGAUGGAUCAUGCUAUUGUCAACCAGGCUGGACAGGAGAUGAUUGUUCUCAAGGCUGUCCUGAAGGGAGAUAUGGCCAACACUGUGGUAUGCUGUGUGACUGUAUGCAGAGUUUGGUGUGUGAUGUCAUAGAUGGAAGAUGUCCCUGUCCCCCUGGCUACACCGGGGCAAACUGUGAUGAAGUUUGUCUAAAAGGCAGUUUUGGUAUUGACUGUGCAGGAACAUGUGAUUGUAAGAAUACUGGAUGGUGCAAUCACAUCAAUGGAGAAUGCCAUUGCCCACCAGGGUUUCAUGGCCAGGACUGCUCGGAGGCUUGCCCCGCAGGGUUCUAUGGUCUAGGGUGCCAACAGGAGUGUGACUGUGAGAAUGGUGCUAUGUGUCAACCACAUGAUGGGCUAUGUAUCUGCAGAUAUGGGUAUAUGGGACCCACAUGCUCAGAAAGUUGUCCCGAUGGGAUGUAUGGCUCAAUUUGUAGUGAAAAAUGUGAUUGUGUGCAUGCCAUGGGGUGCGACCAUGUGACAGGAAAAUGUUUCUGUAAUUCAGGAUUUGGAGGCGAGAGAUGUGAUAAAGUUUGUGCACCAAUGAGCUAUGGUCCUAACUGCAUGUCUAAGUGCCAAUGUGAACAAGAUGCCACCUGCGAUGUUGAAACUGGAAAAUGUUUCUGCCCGUCAGGAUGGACUGGCGAUUUUUGUCAGACAGACAUCAAAGCCCUUAUACAGAGCCAUCUAGCGAGACAAAACCAAGAGGGCUCGUUAGAGAUUGGAGCCCUAGCGGGAAUUAUCGUUUCUGUUCUCUUAAUUCUGCUGAUCUUCAUGGUGCUUGCAGUGGCAUUCUAUUACAGACGUAAAGCUAAGAAGUUGAAAGAAGAUGCGGUGCCACCUGUUUCAUAUAGACAGGACCCAGGGAAUAAUUUUGAAAACCCGAUGUAUGGAGAUUCCUCAGCAGGUGGCGCUAACAACAGCCCCAGCACGGAAUCUGAAAGCAAUGUUAAUCCAGCUAACCAAAAUGUUCAUAUAGUCCUCCUGAACAAUUCACUCAAAGAUAAAAAUAACAGUCCUGAAAAAACGCCAAAUAUAGGAAUAUGCAAAUUAGGGUCAUGUGACUUAGGGACUCGUCAUUCUGCUGUGGAUAAUUUAUAUGAGGUUCCAGUGGAACAACCUAGAAGAUUAAGAAAUAUUAAUGAAAAAGAAGCUCAUAUGUUAGAGGAAGAUCUUCCAACAAAACUUGCAGAGAAAGAAUCUCUUUUAGUAGAAACAGAGGACCAUGAUUCUACUCCAAAGAAAGUACUAGCAAAGCAACUGAAUCUGGGGCUAGCUCUGGCUGAUGCUGGCUUUUAUGAUAUGUCAUCACAAAGUACGUCACCCUCGUCACACAUGUACUCAACAGUUGAAGAAGACCCCGAGCAUACCCCAGUUGAGUCAACCAGUGAUCAUAAAGGGAGCACCAAGUAUGGGCCAUGUUCGAAGUUCACAUCCAGUCCUUUUAUAACCGAUAAGACACAUCUCACGCAACAGGUGUCACUAGUAGACAAUACCCCACAAUAUAUCUUAGACAAUACAGAUCCCGGAGACUGUAGCACAGAUGUAUUAAUACUCCCUGUAGACUUCAAUGAAGAGUCUUUUAACUGCUCAAAUCCUUCCACAAGAGAAUCUAGUCCCGGUUCGUUCAAUGACCUUGCAUGUUUGGCAGUAUCACGUGACACUACGCCUUGUUCAUUAAAUAAUAGCGCCACAUCUGAUACCGCGUUUUUGUCACGGAGCCGUGAAGGGAGCACUGAACCACGGAAUACUUCAAUGGAUAAUAGCCGGGAAAGUAGUGCCAUUUCAGACCGAAAUUUUGACGAUGAGACUGAAGUUAAAAAACCAUUGGAUGACUCCACUAUAGAGAAGUGUAAUAAAAAUGAAUCUUAUGCAUAGCUUUGAUUGGAUAAGCUUUAAAUAGAGCUGAUAUUACCAAAAUAAGAUGUUAUGCAGUUGAAGCCUUAAAAUAGACUUGAUUACAAGAAUAGCCAAAAUAAUACACAUUCUUGUAACCAGGAAUUAAUUGAACAAUUGGGAAAUCCUCUUAACCUCUUGACUACCCAGAAUGACGAGAAAUUUCUCGUCACCUCAGAUAUGACCUCAUAACCCAGAGGGACGAGAAAAUCCGUCACAAAAU